CACCCUUACAUCUUUGUGAGCUUCUCUAACUCUGUUAUUCUAGAACUUUCUUACAUCGGUUUCUAGGGUUUUUACGAUUAUAUGAAUGUUACCCUGGUAUCCUCAUCGAUAUCAAUGUGUUGGUCUAUAGUUCAUUCUGAAUCACAGUUUUCACCUUCAACCGCUAGCAACACCUGUGUCGGACCUACCCUUUACACAUUUAAAACUCCAUCAACUAUCAAAACCCAUCGAAAUCACAUUAUUAAUCUGGGUGAAUUUUGUCACAACUCAACUUGAAAUUGUAGGUUUGGACAUGGGUAUAAAUUUUCUUUUUUGUUCAUUUUAUCGUCCAUUUACUUAUUUCCUCCAUUUCUUUUGCUAUUUCAUCAUUAGUAAUAAGGAAUUAGACCGAAUCAAUCAACUUGGUGUGUGUUUAAAGAUAAACACUUUCUUUUGAUAAGAUUCAAUUAUUCACUUUUUUAAAAGACUAAUUCCUUCUACUGUUUUUUCUCUGUACAAUAUCUCCUUCAGUCGAACUUUUGAGAAGAAGAUUUUCAGUCUCUCAGGCUCAAUAGUUACUGUAUGUAUCAGGUAUGAUAAUAUUUCCCAUGCACACGCAAUUUAUCUGCCUUUUAGUUUAAUAGUGUCAUUUUUUAUUAGGUAUGAUAAUACUAGUCCUACACACAAUCUUGGGCUUUUGAGUUUUGAUUUAUUUGUGAAUUAUUAUUUUUUCUGUAUAUAUAUAUAUAUAUAUAUAUAUAUAUAUAUAUGAUACUAAUUUAAUUAUUGUUUUAUGAUGAAUUUAAUGUUUUUGAAUCAUUAUUGUUGUUUCAAUGUGUCUAAAUGCUAUUCUUAUUGAUGAUAAUGGCCUUGGUAAGACCAUCCAAGCAAUGAGGUUCUUGGGUCAUACGGCUGAAGUAAGUAAAAUGCAUAUAAAUCUAUUAUAUCUAUUGUUAAAUAGCCUGAUCGCUCUUUCAGUUAGUGAAAAAAAUUUAAUACGUAAGUUUUGCUUGGUUUUUAUACAAAUACAACUGAUUUUACAGGAGACUAGCUUGUCGUAUAUGCUUAAAAUACUAAGAUUCAUAUUAAAUUUAUUAGUUCAAAUACUAUAUUCUUUAGUGGUCAAAAUUUUUGUUGAUGGGUCUGUAGACGUACUCUUCAAGUAAUGGUCAAAUUUGCGUUUACAUAUAUGUUCAUCAUGCUGUCAGCUGCUUUCCUCACCUAUAACUAAGGUAUUGAAUGAUUUAUUUAUUUAUUUAUUUUUCUAAAUAAUAGAUGAACUUUGCCCAUUUUAUUGAUCAGGUCCAAUAUAUUGAUUUUGGGGUUCAGAGCAACAAUAUAGACAAUAAAGUAGGAGGUCUUGAGGUUGAUAUGAUGGAUUCAAAUGAGAUCAAAACUCAUGUUUUCCUUCAAGUACAUUUUUGUUUUGGUUAAUGAAAAAGCAACAUGAACUCAAUUGCUUUCUACGUAUGGAUUUGCAAUGAUACUCUGAUAAGGGAUCAUGUUUACAUUGUGUAAGAGUUAAUACUUUAACUACAAUACUUUUUGCAGAGCUAUUCAUCUAUUUGCCACAAUAUCCAAACCAUGUUAGGAGGUUUUGAGACAAAAACAAGAGAGCAGGUUGUCAAUUUCAUCAACACUUCUAAUCCCUUUAAAUGUUUUCAUCUUACAUGGAUACUAACUUCCAUUAUGAUCGAUCUUAUUAAUGAACAGUGGCUUCCAUUUCGAAAUGAUGGAAAAUACUAUGAUGUAGACUAUGAUAAAACUUCAUGUGAAAAAGUUUCAAAGAAUCUUGCUCUUGGAGAUAAAAAGUUCUGGAAUACAUUUGUUUCUCACCAACAUUCUAUUAAUAUCCCUCUUAAAACAAAACUGGAAAACAUCAAGGAGCAUGAGCAAGUCACAAAGCUGCAUCAACAAAAGAAUUUAUAUAAAAAAAUGCACAUACAUAGCCUUUUCCACAAUCUAAUGAUUAUUAUUUUACCUGUAGAAGUUGAUGUAAAAUUUUGAGUGUCAAAAAGAGAUGUUAGAUUACAUUUAUUAAUCAAAGGUGAGUUUCUAUAAUCAUGUAACAUCCGUUUAAGGUAAAAUUCUCUUUUUAGAUUUAAAUAUGAAA